UCAUCUUUAUUAAUUACGAAUUUACGAUUCCUUAUCCUAAUUUAAAUUGAACAACACGGUUCCAGGGAAGUUCUGUCCAACAAAAAUCUCGACCAAUAGCUAUAUUCUCUCAUGGCUGGAGAUUAGGUAGAGACAAAAUUGGGCAAGAGAUAUGGGGUAGUUUUUAUGAUGCUUUGGGGAAUGAAUUUAAUAUCCAUCUAUCGAGAAUGAGUUUGAUGUCAGCACUGGAAUGGUGGCUGGUAUACCAUCCCAGCAUCCAGAAGUUCUCAUGGAAGCCUCCUCACACCCCUUUCUCCUCCCCUCUCUUCCUUAGUCUCUCCAUCCUCAGCUACCUCUCCCUCACCCUCCUCCUCACCCUCCUCCCUCUCCCACCCUUCCCACACCGCCUCCUGAAGCCCAUCACCGCCCUCCACAACCUCCUCCUCCUCCUCCUCUCCCUCCUCAUGCUCCUGGGCUGCUCCCUCACCCUCCUCAUCCACACCCCUCACCUCCGCUGGGCCGUCUGCUUCCCACCCCACACCAAUCCCACCGGGCCCCUCUUCUUCUGGGCCUACAUCUUCUACCUCUCCAAAAUCCUCGAAUUCCUCGACACGCUCUUCAUCGUCCUCUCCCGCUCCUUCCGACGCCUCUCCUUCCUCCACGUCUACCACCACGCCACCGUCCUCCUCAUGUGCUACCUCUGGCUCCAAACCUCCCAAUCCCUCUUCCCCGUCGCGCUCCUCACCAAUGCCUCCGUCCACGUCAUCAUGUACGGUUACUACUUCCUCAGCGCCCUCGGCAUCCGCCCCUCCUGGAAGCGCGCCGUCACCGACUGCCAGAUCAUCCAGUUCGUCUUCAGCUUCGCAAUUUCGGGUCUCAUGCUCCACUACCACUUCUCCGGAUCCGGAUGCUCCGGGAUUUGGGGCUGGUGCUUCAAUGCGGUUUUUAAUGCCUCUCUCUUGGCCCUCUUUGUUGAUUUUCAUCUCAAGAGUUAUGCUAAGAAACGCACUCUUAAUAAGGACUCAUGAAUUCCUCGUCCAUUUCAUUGGUAGCAUACUUUAUCUUCUGUAAGACAAGAGAAAAAAAAUAUUCAUUGGAAUUCAAUGACAAUGUUUUUUUUUUCCUCCUCCUUGUUAAAGGAUUAUUACAAGAUAAUAAUGCCUUACAUUACCUGUCAUCUUUAUUUUCUUUCCUUUUUCCUUACCAUUCAAGGGAUGCAACUUUUAAUCCGUUAA